AUGCCAACAAAACGCAAAGGGGCUGAUUUGAACCGUAAUACAAGUAAAUCUCGAAGCUUGCGAAAUAGAAGAUCCGAAAGAACCGAAGAACAAAUCCAGCAACAAAAUACUGAUGCACGUGUCAGAAUAGCGCAAUUGCGUCAAGAAGAGUCAGAAGACACACGAGCUGAACGCAAUGAAGUAAUGAGAUUAGAACAACGACAAUCACGCCGUUUCACAGUCAAUAGACGCAGAACAAAUGACCAACAACGACAACAAAUACAUCGGGAAUUUACAUCUGAUUCAUUCCUGCGUCUAGCAUUCCAGUAUGAGCCCGAUAUUGAAUANUCCUGA